CAUGUAUGUGGCUCUCUGGCGCCGCUGCCCACCUACUCCAGUCUGUUUUCACUGAGAGUGAAAGGAGUGGUUGGAUGUAACAACAAAAAAAGAAGAGAUUCGGUGUUUGAAUAACUCCUUUGGGGUGCUUUUACGGCAAGACAUUUCAAGACUAAUACAGCGAUGGCAGAGGCCCACCAGGCAGUGGCGUUCCAGUUCACCAUCACCCCCGAGGGGAUCGACCUGCGCCUUUCCUACCAGGCCCUGUCCCAGAUCUACCUCUCUGGCCUGCGCUCCUGGAAGAAGAGGAUCAGCCGCAUGAGGAACAGGGUGAUCAAAGGGGUGUACCCUGCCAGCCCUUCCUCCUGGCUGUUUGUUGUCAUAGCCAUCCUGGCCACCAUGUACAUGCGCUCUGACCCCUCCAUGGGCCUCAUUGCCAAAAUCCAGGAGCACCUGCCCGUCAGUAGUCUUUCUCUGAGUGUCCAGGGCCAGACCAUGCUGUCAGUGCUGGUGUUCAGUACCCUCCUGUGGCUGUCGCUCAUCCUGACCCUGAGGUUCUGUCUCAAGCUGCUGCUCUCCUACCACCGCUGGAUGUUCGAGCAGCACGGACACAUCUCCACCACCACCAAAGUCUGGGUGACCCUGGUGCGUCUGCUGUCUGGCAGGAAGCCUCUCCUAUACAGCUAUCAGACCUCUCUUCCUUGCCUGCCCGUCCCGCCCAUAAAAGACACACUGGAGAGGUACCUGGAGUCGGUGCGUCCGUUGCUGAGUGGCCCGGGGUUCCAGCGGAUGACUGUGUUGGCGGCUCAGUUUGAGAACAGUCUGGGGAACAGGUUGCAGCGCUAUCUCAAGCUCAAAGCUCUGUGGGCUACCAACUAUGUGAGUGACUGGUGGGAGGAGUACAUCUACCUACGAGGACGAGGUCCCAUCAUGGUCAACAGCAACUACUAUGGCAUGGACUUUCUGUAUGUGACUCCCACUCCCAUCCAGGCAGCGAGGGCCGGCAACACCAUCACCGCUCUGCUGCUCUACCGACGCAAGGUCAACAGUGAGCAGCUAACGCCUAGUCGUGUUCCAGGUACAGUCAUCCCUCUCUGUGCAGCUCAGUGUGAGAGGAUGUUCAACACUACUCGCACUCCAGGAGAGGAGACUGAUGUGCUGCAGCACUGGCAGGACAGUGAAUUUGUGACUGUCUACCACCGGGGGCGCUACUUCAGGCUGUGGGUCUACAAGGCGGGGCGUCUCCUCUCCCCUAGAGAGAUAGAGUACCAGAUCCAGAGGAUCCUAGAUGACCCUUCACCCCCCGGACCUGGAGAAGACAGGCUGGGAGCACUGACUGCUGGAGACAGGGUGCCGUGGUGUGCCGUAAGAAAGCAGUACUUCAGCUCAGGAGUGAACAAGCGCUCGCUGGACUGCAUCGAGCGGGCCGCCUUCUUUGUCACCCUGGACGAUGAGGAGCAAGGAAUGAUGGGAGAAGACCCCGUGGGAAACCUGGACCGCUACGCCAAGUCCCUCCUCCACGGGAAAUGUUAUGACAGGUGGUUUGAUAAGUCAUUCUCUGUGGUGGUGUACAAGAAUGGGAAGAAUGGGCUGAAUGCAGAGCACUCUUGGGCCGACGCCCCGACAGUGGCACACCUGUGGGAGUUCACCCUGGCCACAGAUGCCUUCCAACUGGGUUACACAGAGGACGGCCACUGUAAGGGAGAGGUGGAGCGCUCCUUACCGCCCCCUCAGAGACUCACCUGGGACAUCCCUGUGGAGGUUCAGGAGCAGGUGUCCAUCUCUCUGUCUGUGGCACAGGCCCUAGCUGACGAUGUGGACUGUCAUGUCUUCCCGUUCAGGGACUUUGGGAAGGGACGCAUCAAAAAGCUGAAGAUCAGCCCAGAUGCCUUCAUUCAAUUGGCUCUGCAGCUAGCUUACUACAGGGAUCGUAAGACGUUUUGCCUCACCUACGAGGCCUCCAUGACACGGCUGUUCCGAGAGGGGAGGACUGAGACUGUACGAUCCUGCUCCAAUGAGGGCUGUGCCUUUGUCAAAGCUGUGGAGAGCGGAGAGGGGCCGGAGCACUGCAGGCGGCUUUUCCGAUUGGCUGCUGAGAAGCACCAGAACCUCUACCGAUUGGCCAUGACAGGGUCCGGCAUUGACAGGCACCUCUUCUGCCUGUACGUGGUGUCUAAAUACCUGGGGGUGGAGUCACCGUUCCUAACAGAGGUGCUGUCAGAGCCCUGGCGCCUCUCCACCAGUCAGACUCCGGUUCAGCAGUUGGAGCUGUUUGACAUGAAGAACCACCCAGACUUUAUAUCUCUGGGGGGAGGCUUUGGCCCUGUGGCAGACGAUGGCUACGGAGUGUCGUACAUUAUCGUAGGAGAGGACAUGAUCAACUACCAUGUUUCCUGCAAGCACUCCUUCUCUGAGACGGACUCACACCGGUUCGGGGCCCAGAUCAGUCGGGCUCUAUUGGACCUCCUCUCUGUGCUUACCCCAGCUAAGACGGAGAACUCACAGGCCCAGGAUAAGAAACAGCAGUGAACACUUACAGGGAAAGAAGGGACUAUGGGGUGGGAUGGGGGUAGGGGUUUGCUUUGUUUUUUGAUAGUGGGAUAAUAUUAUAUUGAGCGUGGUUGUGUAUAAAGAAAGCCCUAAGAGAUUCGGUGUGAUGGAGGGGUGGAUGGAGGGAGAGAGAGUUGAAGAGAUGGAGAAGUGCAAUAGGAAGCAAGGGAACUAACAAGGAUGAGGCAGAGAGCUAGGGAAGAAGGGAUGGGGAAGUGAGAGAAAAAUCUCCACAAAAAGAGAAGGGAAUUAGUGGAGGUUAUCCCCACAUAGGUCAGAGGUAGGCAAUAACUUUUUUUAAUUGUUUUUCUUUCUUGGUGAACCCACCAUUAUGGCUUUCUUUUCUAUUUUAUCAUCUUGAUUGUGAACUACUGUUGGAAAGAGUUGUAAUGUUUGAUUGAAAAGUCCAUUAAAGACUUCCCUAGUUAAAAAUACAUCUAUAGCAGAAGCAGUGGAAGUUUAAAGAAGCGGGGCUGACUUGUAAUUUUGGUUUAACUCUGUUCUCACGUGAAUGUAGAUCACUAACGGAAUGGGUCGGCUGCAGUGAACAUCAAUCAUUAGGAUAAGAUAUCAGGGGCAGGGUUGGGGUCUAUUCCAUUUCAAUCGAUUCAGGAAGUAAAUUCAAAUUCAGUGAUUUAAAAACAAUUGAAUUAGAUUUUUCAAUGAUUUCUCUUUACAUAAGAGAAGGAGAAACAGUUAUUUAAUCAAAUGUUCUGUUUUUCUAUUUUAAUAAAAAAUCACUUUUGAAUUUACUUUAUUGAAAUGUAAUUGAUCCAAAUCCUGUCCAGGAUAUCUUCUUAAUUUUUUGGCUAGGGAUCAUCUCCAGGGCUCGUAUUCAUAAAGCAUCUCAGAUUAGGAGUGUUGAUGUCGGGACAGUUUUGCCGUUUUAGAUCCUAAUUAAUAAGAGUAUAUGGACAGGGAUGGAUCCUAGAUCAGCACAGCUACUCUGAGUUGCUUUUUGAUUACGGGCGAGAUAAAUUUUUGUUUUUAAACACCCUCACCAGUAGAAAUCCAGUUUUUUUAGUUGAAAGACAAUGGCCAGAGCCUACCUUUUGUUCCAGGGCUGGGUUUUAUGUCAAUGUUACCAGCAUGGCAUUGUUAAUUAAUCAGAAACCGCUGCAAAGUUAUUCUUCUUCGCGAUUGGAUCACUUGUAAACGUUUACUUAUUUUUUUGAUAGUCUGUAUUAAAAGUAUAUAUAUAUAUAUAUAUAUAUAUAUAUAUAUAUAUAUAUAUAUAUUUAUAAAAUGGUCAAAUAUAUAUAUAUAUAUUUGACCACUUUAUAAAUGGUAUAAAUGCGUGAUAUGAUGGCGUUUUGCAAACCCGCUUCCCCCCCGUUUCUGAAUGGUUUUGAGAACUAAAGUUUUUGCUUCACUACAGGCUCCACUGUUUUGAUUGGUGGAAGGUUAGCUAGAAACCACAAGUGUCUAUUCAGAUAAUGACAAGGCACCAGCGAAAGAAAAUGUAAAGGAAUUUAUAGUUAAUGUAAGUAAAGUCAUUGUAGCCUAUCAUUUCAAUUCCCCUGUGAGAACCAUAAAAUGACUUGGCUUUGCUGUACCCCAGCCAAAACCUGCCAGCAGCCUGCCUACUGUACCAAAGGUUGCACGACAAUGUCGAAAACGCAUAUCAGCAGUCGUUAUAAAUAUUACAGGAGCUUCAUAUUAUUGUCUGUAAUUAUUUUUAUGGUGGAGUCGAGGCCAUAAUUUGUGGAAGGUGCCAAAACUUUGGAGAUAACGAUAGAUGGCGGUGUCAAAGAUAGGCCAGUGUUUUCCAUCUGUGGCUGAGUUUUCCCUGAAUCAAUGCUUAUGACAAAUCCAGCUCCAGAACCAGCCAUAGAUCUACAGUAGCUGGCUACUGGUGUAGUUAAACAUUUAAAAAAACGCAACGAGUAACAUUAACUAGCAAGAUAAGGUUAGCAAGAUGACUAGCUAGAUAAUGUUAGCAAGACAGACUGCUGUCAGUGCCCUAUUUGUUGAUGAUUACGUCAAAAUAGUGGCGGCAACUUCCUCUGGGGGGAUCCUUUAAGUUCCCCAGAAUGGGAUCAUCUAUAGCAGAGAGGAAGAGGCGAAGCACAACGUUUCACUGACGCCAAAAUCUUUCCAAAACAAGCCACGGCAUUUCUAUGGGCUUAUUUUGGCCCUACGCUUGUCGCCUGCCUUCCCGCCUUUGGGACCACAACUCCAAUUGUUUUGGGGGGGACAUGAGUAUCUCAUCAUUAUCUAUACAUCUCUGUCUGUAGGUGCCCACUCCAGCCGACCCAGCAGCACUAGUUUAAUGUAUAUGUCAGUGUUUCUCAAUCCUGGUUCCGGGGACCCAAAACGGGUGCAGCAAAAAGUGUUCUUGCCCUGGCACUAACACACCUGAUUCAACCUUGAGUCAAGUGUGUCAGUGCUAGGGCAAAGAUACUAAACGUUUCCCCAAUCCCCAGGACUAGGAUUGGGAAACUAUGUGUUGCUCAGAACCUAGGUGGAUGGAACCUAAUCCAUGUUUACCUGUUUUGUUUGUUGUAUGUGUAGUAAGUAGGAUGCUCAUAUUAUUGUCGGUCAUUUUGCAUAUUAAGAAUUAUUUUAAUGUAAAUGUGACUGUGAAAAUACCGUUAACCAAUUGUAAUGGUAGUAUGAAUGGAAUACUUUUCAUGGCCUAGUAGGUACUGUUUGUGACAGUCAACAAGGUUGACUGCUGUCUUGGUUGGUGAUUAAGAAAAUCCAGAAUUGAUUGAUUGGAAGGCAAUUUCAGCUCAGGAGAAGGGCUGAGUUUCAAGUCUUUGAUUGGAGCAAUGCCGCGAUCAGGGCUAUUCAAUGUUGGUCCUGGAGGGCCAAAUCACUUCUGGGUUUCAUCUUCUCUUUCUAAUCAGGGACCGAUUCAGACCUGGGACACCAGGUGAGUGCAAUAAAAAACAGAAGCAUUUUGGUCCACCAGGACCGGAAUUGAACAGCCCAGUGGCCUAGUUGAAUGAAUGGUCUAUGUUUACCAACCAGAUAUAGGCCUGAAUCAAUUCCCUUGAAUUGACAGCAAUCACUGGUGGUGAUAUUGUUGGAGGAAUUGACCCUAAACUUUGCAGGUAAAAAAGAAAGAGAACCAUGUGCACACUAUUGUGUCUAGAGCCAGGUGCUGGUUCUGGCAGUAGCAAUGGUUUAUCCAAAAACACUGCAGGCACAUAUAUGGAUCAACAUGUUGAAAUUCUGCCUAUAAACAACAAUGCAACAAAUGAA